CGCGUGGCCGUGGUGUGUUUACGUGCUUUGUCAGCGGUGUCCCCGCACACUCUUCGGUCAUUAAAGCGCUGGACUUUUAUCUCAGCGGGAUUUUAUCACACAGGAAUUUUUUAUCAGCACUUUUGACGGACCUUGAACAGAGAUAAUCGGGUUCGUGCGGUUUUUUUUUUUUUUUAAAUAAUUAACCGGCUAAGAUGACGUUAAAAUCUAACAGGAACGAAGCGGCGGUCGUCCUCGACCCGGUUCCCGGCCUGCGGACAGCUCUGUCCGAUCUCUACCUGGAACACCUGCUUCAAACCAAACCAAAAUCUGACCUGGCAGCUAUGCAAACCUGUGAGAACAAAGGCGCCGAGGUUUUCUCUAACGGAAGUGCUGGACACAUGAACGGCCGGGAGCUGACGAGGAUGAUGGAGAUAGCGUUUGAGAAGAAUUCUUCAGAGCCACUGGGGGUGACGCUGAGACUCAACGAUAAGCAGAAGUGCAUUGUGGCCAGAAUAUUACACGGGGGCAUGAUCCACAGGCACGGAUCUUUACGUGAAGGUGACGAAAUCGCCGAAAUCAACGGAAAAAGCGUGUUGAACCAAACAGUUGAUCAGCUGCAGAAGAUCCUGAAAGAAGCCAAUGGAGUGAUCACCAUGAAAAUUAUCCCCAACCCCCAAAAUCGCUCCAAAGUCUGCCAGAUGUACAUGAGGGCUCAGUUUGACUAUGAUCCCACCAAAGAUGACCUCAUCCCAUGCAAAGAGGCCGGACUGAAGUUUCAAACUGGCGACAUCCUUCAGAUCAUCAAUAAGCAGGAUCCCAACUGGUGGCAGGGCAAAGUGGAGAGCAGCGCCGCCGAUUUCGCUGGACUGAUUCCAUCUCCGGAGCUCCAAGAAUGGAGGGUUGCAAGUAAAACCAAGAGCAAAGAAACUCUGUCCUGCAGCCCGUUCGUAAAGAAAAAGAAGUGCAAAGACAAGUACCUGGCUAAACACAGCUCCAUUUUUGACCAGCUGGAUGUGAUUUCUUAUGAGGAGGUUGUGCGGCUGCCUGCUUUUCACAGGAAGACAUUGGUGCUCAUUGGUGCACACGGUGUGGGAAGGAGCCAUAUCAAAAAUGCAUUACUGACCAAAUACCCCGAGAAGUUCUCCUACCCCAUACCACACACGUCCAGACCCCAGCGUAGGGAUGAAGUGGAAGGACAGGAAUAUUAUUUCAUCUCCAGCGAAGCUAUGACCAAGUCCAUCAGCGGGAAUGAGCUCCUGGAGUACGGCAGCUUCCAGGGAUACAUGUUUGGAACGAAAAUCGCAUCCAUCUUGAAGAUCCACGAACAGGGAAAAAUCGCUGUCCUGGAUGUGGAACCACAGACCUUGAAACUGCUGCAGACGGCCGAUUUUGCACCUCUCAUAGUCUUCGUGGCUCCCACCAACACGGCUCCAAAGACGGAGGCGCUGCAGUCGCUCCAGAGAGAGUCUGACGCCAUUCUGUCCACCUACAGACAUUUCUUUGAUCUGAUUCUCGUCAACAACGACGUGGAUGAGAGCGUGAAAGGCGUGGUGGAGGCCAUGGAGCGCGCCGCCUCCACCCCGCAGUGGGUGCCCGUGUCGUGGGUGUACUGACAACAUGCAGCCGUCAGUGUUCUUGUCCGCUGAAAGCGGUGCAAUAUCGGUCCUCAGACGCGCGUCCUAGCAGGCUGUGCUUUCACAUUGAUGUUUUGCACAAAAGCAAUAGUUCAGCUGUUCAUUUUCGGAUCAGAACCUCACCAGAAUCAUUUCAUUUUGUUAUUUAGAUGUUUGUCCUCAAAGAUUCCACUCUUCUUUGUGAUUGCUGGAGUGUUAGAAAAUGCAAACUAGGACCACGACUGUGCAUGAAAACCUCACAUUUUUUAACAGGAUAUUGUCUUGUGUGACAUAAAUUGUGGGUUGUUUUUUUUUUUUUGUAACCUCUUUAGAUUGUGCCAUGAAACUCGUGUGCAACUCCAUAGAAUGCUUUCAUCAUCGUCAUCUCCAAACAUUCAUAACCUCGUUUAUUGUGAUAUCGUGUACCUGGUGGGAUACUCUCAAGGCACUUUAAAGCAAAUAUUAAAAUUUCUUGUUCAUUUGUG